AUUCGACAAUGUAGACACGAUAUAUAGUUUAGAAAUGUUAACUUGUUGUAUACGAAAAAAAUUGAAAUCGUCGAGGAAAAAUUCCCUCGAAACACAAAACGAAUUAGCUAAUGCAGUAGGACAAGAAAAACCCUCGUCAAACCCAAUAAAUCCAAUAUCUGAAACUAAACAGAACGAAGGAGAGAAUAGAAAAAUGUCGAGUAUUUCGCUGAAUAGUUUUUAUAGUAUUAAAUCGUCAAGAUCUGAAAGUGAUGGUGCCGAUUACUAUAGCGUGUGCAGUGUGGAUUCAUAUAAAAGUGUUUAA